AUGUCUACUCGUACUAGAAGUAGUAAAAAAGAUACUGGUGGUAAAAGAGAUACUGGUGGUAAAAAAGAUACUGGUAAUAAGAAAAUUCCUACUAGCAGAAGGGCUGGCGUUCAAUUUCCAGUUGGACGAAUUCAUCGUUUUCUUCGAAAAGGAAAUUAUGCAUCUCAUAUUGGUGCUGGAGCGCCCGUUUUUCUUGCAGCAGCUAUUGAAUAUUUGGUGGCAGAGAUAAUAGAACUUGCUGGUAAUGCUGCUACGGAUAAUACAAAAAAAAGAAUCAGUCCUCGUCAUAUUCAGUUGGCUAUUCGUAAUGAUGAUGAAUUGAAUAAAUUACUUGAAGAUGUUACAAUUGCUCAAGGAGGUGUCUUACCCAAUAUUCACAAAGUUUUGUUACCACCACAAAAAACAAAAAAGAGUAAGUUUUAUAAUAAAUAAGUGAAAAGGACAAUCAGCCAGAAGUGGGAGUAGUCGAGAGAAGAAAAUAAUUUUUAUGGGGGAGGUUUUUUUUUUAUAAUUUGAUUAUUUAGUAGAAAAAUGGAACUAAAAUUUAGUAGAAGAAUUCGAAUAAAAAAUCAUAGAUAAUGCAUUCAAUUACUCCCAUAUUAAAU